AUGGUUAUAAAAAGCUAACCCGGACGCUUGAAGGUAACCGGUAAAGCCGCAGCUUUCAAAGAUGUCGUUGUUUAUUGUUUGGUUAACUCUGCUGUUCAUAUUAUUUGAUGCUGCUAAAGGUGAACGUCGCUGGGACUAUGAGCCUUUGGAAUUUGAAGGCAUUAGCUCUGAUCAUUCGAAAUUAGGUAUCGACUUGGGAAUUAAACGCAUAAAACGUGGUGAAUUUGCAAUGGAUGGUGUUAUCGACGUCAAAUAUGAUGUGGAUGAUACAACUAUGAUAGAGGCAAUUGCCUGGCGUAGCAAUACUGGUGAUGAGGACGACUACAAACUAAUGCCUUGGUGUAUAGAAAAGCAGACUUUUGGAAAGUUUAUCGAAAACUAUUAUGAAAGUAUGGUACUAAAGAACAUUGGACAUUGCACGAAUUUCCCAGCGGUAGAUAAUGUGCAUCCCUUUCCCAAGAAUGCCUAUAAGUUGGAUAUGUGUGAGUUUACUGGGGAAGGUUUGCCUGAAAUAGCACCCGAAGGUUAUUAUAAAAUAAUUUUCUCCGCUACUGGCGAGGUGGAUUGGUCCUUUAUGGUUAAGACCAAAGUCGUGCCCAAAACUGAUUUAUACGGUUAAAUUUUAGUCAUAGCUUAAAAUAGAAAUCUGUAGGUUCUCCGGGUUUUCCUUUUUUUUUUUUCAAAAACACCUUUGUGCUCUUCCAUAGCCGAAUAAAAAAUGUGCUACUGCUUGCAAAAAAUUCAACGAUCUUUAAUUAAAUAAAAGGGUUAAUUAAUUAUUCUAAUAG